AUGGGUGGCCGAGGAUCAAAAAGACAACAACAAUAUUACGAACCAAGUUACGGAAUGGGCUCCUAUGGUACUUAUUAUGACCCCUAUGGUUAUCAAACUGGUGGUGGAUAUGGAGACAUUCCAAGAUACACAGUAACAAACUACGGUGGGUAUGGAGCUUCACCUAUUGGUCAAGUCGGUUACGGUAGUCUCCCACCAAAAAUCCGUGCUAUUUUCAUUCCUCAAAUGGGUGGUCAACAAUCUUGCGCUCCCCAACAAAUGCCAAUGAUGCCACCACCAAUGCCUUCUGGAGGUUGUGGUGGUCUCGGAAGCUAUGGUGGAGGAGCAUCCUUUGGUGGAUCUAGCGGUGGAUUCGGAGGCGGUUUAGCUUCUUACGGUAGUGGAUUCGGAGGUGGAAUGGGAGGCGGAUUCGGAGGUGGAAUGGGAGGAGGGUUCGGAGGUGGAAUGGGAGGAGGAUUCGGAGGUGGAAUGGGAGGAGGAUUCGGAGGUGGAGCUCCAUGCCCAAUGAGUGCUGCCAUGGGAUUUGGCGCACCACAACCACAACAAUUUCAAAUGCCAAUGCCAAUGCCUCAACCAAUGCCAAUGCCAAUGCCAAUGCCAAUGCCUCAACCAAUGCCAAUGCCAAUGCCAAUGCCAAUGCCUCAACCAAUGGCUCAUCCAAUGCCAAUGCCUCAACCGAUGCCCAUGCCAAUGCCUCAACCAAUGCCCAUGCCAAUGCCUCAGCCAAUGCCACAACAACCCCAACAACCUGCUGGCGGACGUAUGAUUUGUUGCUGUUUCCCAGCUCCUAAUUAG